AUGAAAGGACUCAAAAUUAUCACUAUCACCGUUGCAUUGGCUAUGCUUUCUACUUCAGUUGUUUCAAUUCCCAUUAAAACCGACAUUGAAUCUCCAUCUGUGUCUUUGCUCAGCAGAAGAAUCAUUACAGAUGAAAAUGUAGUCAAUUCUAACGUUGAUGCUGCCGGUUCCAACGCUUCCGUAUCCGCAAAAAAGAGAAAUGCUGACGUCAAAGUUGAUGCUAAUACAAGCUCAGAUGAAAAUGUAGUUAAUUCUAACGUUGAUGCUGCCGGUUCCAACGCUUCCGUAUCCGCAAAAAAGAGAAAUGCUGACGUCAAAGUUGAUGCUAAUACAAGCUCAGAUGAAAAUGUAGUUAAUUCUAACGUUGAUGCUGCCGGUUCCAACGCUUCCGUAUCCGCAAAAAAGAGAAAUGCUGACGUCAAAGUUGAUGCUAAUACAAGCUCAGAUGAAAAUGUAGUUAAUUCUAACGUUGAUGUUGCCGGUUCCAGCGCUUCCGUGUCUGUUCUAAAAAGAAAUUCUGACGUCGAAGUUAAUGGAGUUAAUGCUAAAGUUGAUGCUGCCGGUUCCAACGCUUCCGUAUCCGCAAAAAAGAGAAAUGCUGACGUCAAAGUUGAUGCUAAUACAAGCUCAGAUGAAAAUGUAGUUAAUUCUAACGUUGAUGCUGCCGGUUCCAACGCUUCCGUAUCUGUACUAAAAAGAGAUUUUGGCGUCGAAGUUAAUGCAGUUACAGACACUAAUGCUGCUUCUGUAAAAGUAAAUCCAAUUAAAUCAGUUGAUAAAGAAAACCAAAAAGUUGAUAUUAAUGCCAAACCCGAUUUAAAGAACGUUAAAGUUGGUACUGAUAAUAAAGGCGAAAAUGGUACAAAGAACGAGACAAGUAGCACAAUAAUUAAUGCAUAA